CCCACUCCCUCCCUUCUUUCCCCCGUCCCUCCCUCUCCCUCCAAAGCCCAAAGCCAGAAACCAUGAAAUUUGUUAGCCUUCGGGCGGCCUUCUUCGGCUCUUCGAAGAAGAAAUCUCGCUCGGUCUCCCGAUCCGAGGCCUCCUCCUUCGGAUCCAACGCAACCUCCUCCUCCGAAGACUCCCAUUACACCCCAAAAACCGUCCUCCCCCCGUCCCCCGGCCGCCGCCUCGCCGCGGCGCCCUCGAAAUCGGUGUCGAUCGGCGGCGGCGGUGCCGACGAGUGGCUGUCCUCGUCGUCGACGGACUAUUCUUCGGCGGAGAAGGAGGGGGACGGGAGGAUCACGAGGCGGGAGCUGGAGGUGGUGCUGCGGCGGCUGGGUCCGGACCCACCGACGGAGGAGGAGGUGGUGGCGAUGCUCGCCGAGGCCGACCGCGCCGGCGACGGGAGCAUCCGGCUGGAGGAGAUCGUGGCGCUGGGGUCGGCCUUCGGACCCCCCGUCGUGCCGGAGCUCCGCGAGACGUUCGCCGUCUUUGACGGCGACGGUGACGGCAUGAUCUCCGCCGAGGAGCUCCUCGCCAUGUUCGUCACCCUCGGGGACAAGCGGUGUACCCUGGAGGAUUGCCGUCGUAUGAUCGGUGUGGUCGAUUCGGACGGUGAUGGCUUCGUCUGCUUUGAGGAUUUCGUUCGCAUGAUGGACGGCCAGAGAUAGAUUAUCGCACUGAUCUGGAUCCGAUCUGACUAAAGUGGACGGUGGUGAUGAAUGGUUUCUUUUUUCUCCUUUUUCUUUUUUGCCCUUUUUCUUCACCCAUGUAAUUAGAAAAAGAAAAGGAUGGAUCCAAUCACUCGUUAUCAUCCGUCCAGGUUUGAUGUAUCCAUGUAUUGAUCAAAAUCCAUCUAAUGAUCCCAACCCCUUGCGUCAAUAUUCGUAUAUUGUGAUGGACGGUUGAGAUUUCUUUUAUUUUUUUUUUAAAUUUUCUGAAGAGCGGCUGGAUGGUUUAGUUAAACCCACGACUCCAACAAUGAGACCGAAUACAAUGUAAUGAGGUCAUUUUCAGUUACCAUCACACCGCUAUCAACUACCAGUGGGCUCAGUUUGGAGAAUUGUUUGGAAGAAUUCGUACACGCGAACGCCGAAUUGUAUGAAUAUUUCAAAUCAUAGAAAAGUAUAUGAAAAGUUUUAGGCAGGUUUGAUUUUUAGUAGAUGGAUGGUCAGGAUUAAAUUCGCAAGUCAUUUAUCCCUUCCUUUUUAUGGUGUUGUAUCAAUUUUUUUCUCCUAAAUUUGAAUCUAAAAGCUCUUUUGUAUGAUAAUAUCAAAAAAAAAAAAAAUUCUU